AUCGUAUUUCAUGGGGCGUCUGAUAAUCGUUUCACCGCGAACCGAGGAAUCGGUUCAGUUGGCUGUCGGCUGGUGGCUCAUUUCCACCAUCAAAAUGAGAAUAUUAACGGUGCUGUGGCUCCUCACCGUCCUCCGGCUGCAUCGUUCCGAUGCCUUCGCGGAUUUCGAUUCCACGGUGUGCAGGAACAGAGUCAAUCCUCCGCCGUUAAUGGCGCUGAAGAACCACCUGUUCUGCGACUAUGAUCCCCUCGUUCGACCGGUCGUCUCUCACAAGGAGGUGAACAACGUGACCAUCAAGCUGAUACCGAAAAUCCUGGAAUUCGACGAGAUGGAAAGUAAGAUGGUGCUGCACAGUUGGAUGACCUUGCUCUGGACCGACUCGCAUCUCACCUGGAAGCCCAGCGAGCACGACGGCAUCACCUACCUGCACGUGAAAAGCGACAUGAUAUGGGUGCCCGACCUGUCCGUUUACAAUUCGGGUGACAUGGCAGCCGAUCAGAACGGUAUACCUCCGACGACUUGCUUGGUCUUCAGCUCGGGAUCGGUCAGCUGUGUGCCGUCGUUGAAGCACAUCGCGAAAUGUGCCACGGACUUCGCCAAAUGGCCCUACGACACGCACCAGUGUCGAAUCAAUUUCGGUUCUUGGUCGCACUCCGGGGAGGAGGUGGACUUUCAUCUGGAUCAGAAAGGGUUCCAAAUGGCAGGGUACACGAACAGCAGUUCGUGGGAUUUCAAAGUGGUGAACGCGUACAAAGUCCUGAAGAAGUACAAAUGCUGCCCGAAUGACACCUACCCUAUGAUCGUUUACGAGUUUUCUAUAACUCGGCAUCACGGGUUGAUGCACACUACAUACAUCACUCCCGCCAUCGCUGUAAUGUUGCUCACGUUGACGGUGCUGUGGCUGGACUCGAGGUCCAUUGAGAGGAUGGCUGUGGCCAGCGUUAAUCUGGUGUGCCACUUGCUUUGUAUAUUCGAUUUGCACUGGCAAUUGCCGCAGAAUGGCUCGAAUCCGCCCAAUAUACUACUGUACUACCGAGACUCGCUGGCGUUGGCUGUCUUCGCUCUGAUCUUGACCGCCGUACUGCGGAAAAUGCAAACCAUGAACAUCGAGGUACCUUAUUGGAUCUCGUCGACCACGUCGUUCGUUCUGAACAACAGAGCCGGCCGGUUCCUCAUCCUCGCCGACGACGACUCGAACAGGAUACUGAGCAGCGAGUCCGAGGAUAACGUGGACCUGCCGAAAGCCGCUGAAAAAUCCAAAGAGUCAUCGUGGAGACACUUCGCGGCCAUCGUGGAGUGGCUCUCCUUCUUCGUCGUGGUUCUUACCUACAUCGUCAUCCUCGUCACCCUUGUGCCCUCCACUUAAAAGGGAAUGGAAACGCUCGUUUCCCCUUGUCCUCGUUUAAUCAGUCAGCUGUAGAUUCUCAUUUCUACCAAUAAAUCACCUCUCCUCGACUUUUUUUUACUGUAUCUCUGACAGAAUAUUAUUUUCAAAAUAAACGACGUUGCGUUCCCAUUUUUAAUCGAUA